AGAAAACCCCAAUUUUGACAAGUCUUCUUUUGGAAAGCUACUCAUAUUUUUUAUCAUGGUUUUUGGUAGUCGUAACGAUGCCACUUAGUUUAUUUAUUUGUUUUAAGGUUGUUCAAGAAUAUGAAAGAGCAGUAAUAUUUAGGUUAGGACGACUAAUGCAAGGUGGAGCUAAGGGCCCUGGUAUUUUUUUUAUUUUACCUUGUAUUGAUGCAUAUGCAAGAGUAGAUUUAAGGACACGAACGUAUGACGUUCCACCGCAAGAGGUACUUACAAAAGACAGUGUUACAGUUUCAGUAGAUGCAGUGGUUUAUUACAGAGUCUCUAAUGCAACAAUUUCAAUAGCAAAUGUUGAAAAUGCCCAUCAUUCAACACGUUUACUUGCACAAACUACGCUCAGAAAUACGAUGGGAACCCGCCAUUUGCAUGAAAUAUUAAGCGAAAGAAUGACUAUAUCUGGAGCUAUGCAAAUUCAGUUAGAUGAAGCAACAGAAGCUUGGGGAAUCAAAGUCGAGCGAGUGGAAAUAAAAGAUGUGAGACUACCAGUUCAACUACAAAGAGCAAUGGCAGCUGAAGCUGAAGCUGCUAGAGAGGCUCGCGCAAAAGUGAUCGCGGCGGAAGGAGAACAAAAAGCCUCCAGAGCUUUGAGAGAAGCUUCUGAAGUAAUAGGAGAUUCACCAGCGGCUCUUCAGUUACGAUACCUGCAGACACUUAAUACCAUAUCAGCUGAAAAGAACUCUACGAUUGUAUUCCCAUUGCCAAUUGAUUUGAUUAUGUAUUUUAUGAAGCUUCAUCCUAAUUCAGAGAAGUAAAGGUUAAAAAUUAGCGCGUCUUUCAGAAUGUUGGAAAAAUAUUUGACUUCUUCACAUGCAAG